GAUGACUAUGCCACUCGACCAUGAUAUCUAGUAUAUCAUUGGACGUACUCACUAACCUAGUCUGAUCCCCUGGCUAUAUAUAUUUACCAGCAGCAGAGCUCAGCUUAAGUAACUGGCAUGAGCGAUAUGGUAUGCAGUUCCAUGCCCCCAUGCAUGUACGUAUGAGCUUUUGCCUAGCUCGGUCGCCUGUACGUGCUUAUAUUAGUUAAUGCUUAGUUCUAUGGCGAGGGCUAGACAUCAGGAGCCUCUUGUUCUCGGGAGAGUGAUCGGAGAUGUUCUAACGCCGUUUGCGAAGUCUGUGUCUUUGACAAUGACUUUCAGUAAUAACAAGCAGGUUACCAGUGGUUCCGAGCUUAAACCUUCUCAUGUUGUUAACCGACCUCGAGUUGAGAUAGGUGGAGAUGAUCUUAGGAAUUUCUAUACCCUGGUCAUGGUAGAUCCUGAUGCACCCAGUCCAAGUGAUCCCAACCUCAGGGAAUAUUUGCAUUGGUUGGUUACUGAUAUUCCAGCAACAACUGCAGCAAGCUUCGGCCAAGAAAUUGUGAGCUAUGAAAGUCCACGGCCAACCAUGGGGAUCCAUCGCUUUGUUACGGUUUUGUAUCGCCAAAUGGGUAGGCAAACAGUGUUUGCUCCAGGAUGGCGACAAAAUUUUAACACCAGAGUGUUCGCUGAGAACUAUAAUCUUGGAUCACCGGUGGCUGCCGUCUAUUUUACCUGCCAAAGGGAGAGUGGCUCUGGCGGUAGGAGAAUAUAAGUGAUGCACUCAUAUAAGUAAUGCUUAUGAGUUGUGAAAUAAACAAUGCCCUCAUUUAAAGCCUCUGGCUUCCCUCAAUGUUUACUACUUCUUAGUUCUCAUUUCCUUCUUGCCUUCCAGGCGGGCUAUUUUCACCCUUGUGGUGCCUCUUUUACCCGUGAUUGGUUGGUUCUCACCCUUGUGGUGAUCUUUUUACCUGAUUUGUAGUUUAUUUUGUUACCCAUGUGGUGGUGAUUUCUGGCUUAUGUCCAGCACGGGAGGGCUUUGUUCCUCGUUUUCCUUUUUCUGUUGUUCUAGUAAAAAAAUCUCACAUGUUUCCAGAGCAAGACCCAUUCAAUCACACAACACAUCUUCUCUUUCUAUCAUCUGCAUGUCACUUACCUCUUUGAGUCCAUUCUCUAUGGUUACGGUUACUGUUACUGUUGUUUUUGUUCGAUGCUCAGGAUCACGGAUCCUCGUCGGCUACCAUGUUUUCUUUUUGGUCUAGUAGAUGGAAAAACUGAUGUUGUUGCGAGGGAUUUCGUCCUCUUGGUUGGUGGGUCUAUCUUGUUCUGUGGUUUGGGAUUGUUUUGGCAACGGUUUAUCUCGAUGGAGAUUCUGGGUGUUUUGCUUCCAAUCUGGAUGGCAACAACUAGGGUUUCAGUAGUAGGUUUGGUCUCUAUAUGGCCUGUGUAUUUAAAUUUUAUUGGUUUUUAGGGAUUAGUUUUCUGAUACUAGCUCUAUUGGAGUCCAAGAGAGUACUAAGUUUCCCUUGUUGGUUAUGUCUGGUUGGGUCGUCCAUCUGACUAUUUAGUUUUAUCAUUUAUCAGCCCUUUGGGUGAGCUUUGGGGCAGCUUAAUUGAUCCCCUCUUCCAAA